GAAUCUGUUCCUUUCUUCCUCUUCUUCUUGUUAUGACUUACAAGUUAUAGUCUCCAGAAACAAGGGAGGAUCCAUAAAAAAAAGUUCAGUUUUAGGAUUUUGUUUUUUAAUCUUUUUGUAUGAUGGAGUUAGGUGAUUGUUGUUUAACUUCAAGUUCAACAAAGGGAGAGAAACGAAAGCUGCAUAGGCAACAACAGAAGGAGAAACCAUUCAGAGGGAUAAGGAUGAGGAAGUGGGGGAAGUGGGUUGCUGAAAUCAGAGAACCAAACAAGAGGUCUAGGAUUUGGCUCGGUUCUUACACCACCCCUAUAGCCGCCGCUCGUGCUUACGACACCGCCGUUUUCUACUUGCGUGGGCCUUCCGCUAGGCUCAACUUCCCUGACCUCGUUUUACAAGAAGACGACCUUAGGGAUGUCUCCGCCGAUUCCAUACGCAAGAAAGCCACCGAGGUAGGGUCUAAAGUCGACGCUUUAGAAAUUUCGCUCCAUCAUGCUUCUGCUUCUGCUUCUGCUUCUGCUUCUGCUUCUGCUUCUGCUUCUGCUUCAUCAUCCGAAUCAUCCAACCCUUCUCGAGUUUUCCGGAAACCUGAUUUGAACAAGUACCCCGACAAUUCUGACGAGGACUGAAACAAUAUAUUAGUUACCCAUAAAUCGCAAAGCCUACAACUGUUUAUAGUCCCCACUUCCCCCCCCCCCCUUUUGCUGCUGUCUUUUGAUUCUCUCAUGAAAUAUCAAGUGCCCGAGGAAUAGAAUC